AUGGCCGACUCCCGCAACCCCUCCACAGCCUCCAACACCUCCCCAACCACAACCAACUUCCCCAUCUCCCCAUCUCCCACCUCCCCAAGACGCGACCGUCGCGACAGCGACGAGUGGGACGCCUCCAAAGUCCCCCCCUCCCGCUUCCAAAAGCGCAAAGGAUCAAUCUACGCCGUCCCCGGCUCCCGCGACGGUCACGUCGACUCCAACUACGCCCACAAGUUCCACGAGCUCCACGCCGAAAAAGGCUACACUGGGUUUGGCACGCCGAAUUACAACCAAACCACAACCACAAAGAAACAGUAGGAAUUUUCUUCUUUUGUUGGGUUGGAGACGGUAAAAGGGGCGUUGGUGGGGGGUACUUCUUGGCUUUUUGGGAAUAGCAACAACAAUGCAGUGACUGGGGAGAGAACAGGGUUGGAUGAACAGUGGGAGAUGGCGCAUGGGGAUAUUCGGAUGGUGGACAGGGAGGAUGUGAGAAGGGGGAAGAUGUCUUGCUGAUGUGUUAAGGGGGGAGGUUUAAGUUUGUCAGGUGUUGAUUGGAGUUUUCGUGGGAAUUAUGGAACAUUGGGAGGGCAGAAUGAGAUGAAUACCUAGCAAUAUGAUUUUUUUUUUCCUUUGAAAGAGAUGAAUAUGCUGUGUUGUGUGUGUGCAAACUUGUGUUUUCCUCCACGAUGAGAUCCCAGAUCCUGUCGAGAAAAGAAGAGGUUGGUAGGUAGGUAAGUAAUAAAUAACACAUCUGUCAAGGUAAAAAGACAAAAAGAAAUGGUUUUGUUUGUAACUUUGCCUUGUUUUGUCCUCCUUCCCCCCAAAAACAAAUAACAUGACGAGAAAAUAUUUGAGAGAGAAAAUACGAGAGUGAUGACCACAAAAGAAACAAGAAAAGAAAAAAACGCCCAGCUUUGAUGUGUCGGCAACCCAAUGCAAUCUAAAUAACAUACAGGUUAAAAGCAAGAAGAAGAAAAAGAAAAAGAGGUUAUUUCAUUCCAUAUCAUCAAGCUCGAUAGCAUCCGGGUUUGCCACCUCGACCACCUUGGGAGCAACCACACUCCCCUUGAUCCCCUCGCUCGCCGCAACAAAUCCCGCCGGGGCACGAGCCUGCCGUUCCAGCUGCUCCAUCGCGUCCGCCACCUCCUGAUCAACCUCUCCUCCUCCUUCGCCGUUCUUGGCCUGCUGUGCUCUCGCCAGCGCCUGCGAGGCAAUAAAGUUGACAUCGGUGUUGUACUGCGCCUGCACCGACCGCUUGAUCCGCAGCAUCUCCUUGAACGUGUCCUCAUUGCCAUGUUGCACCUCAAACUGCUCCCAUUUUUGCCAAAACCCCGGGUUUGUCCUGGGAUCGCAAAACUGGGAUCCAUGGCCGUAGAUGGCCCUUGCACGGUCGAUUUCCCCAAGACGUUUUUCCAUGUCCGCGAAUUUGAGGCACAUGUCCUUUGCUUCGUUGUCGGGGAGGGUGGCGAUGGCGCGCUCG